GUUCCAAAUUCUUCUUCUCCGUGAUCGAGAGAGAAAGGGAAACCCUAGAUUUGCUCUCCGUUCGAUUUGGUUCCUUCUCGAACCGCAACGAUGGUGUUCUACUUCAAGGCCCGACCGGAGGCCGGUGACUACACCAUCUUCAUGGGUCUUGACAAGUACGAGAACGAGGAACUCAUCAAAUAUGGCUUCCCUGAAGACAUCUGGUUCCAUGUGGACAAGAUGUCGUCUGCUCAUGUUUACGUAAGGCUUCACAAAGGUCAGACUAUUGAUGACAUCAGUGAAGGUGUACUUGAGGAUUGUGCUCAGCUUGUGAAAGCUAACUCCAUCCAAGGUAACAAGGUGAACAAUGUCGAUGUUGUUUACACUCCGUGGGCCAACUUGAAGAAAACGGCCUCCAUGGAUGUUGGCCAAGUUGGUUUCCACAAUUCAAAGAUGGUCCGGACAACCAGAGUGGAGAAGCGGAUCAAUGAAAUAGUUAACAGGUUGAACAAAACUAAAGUUGAAAGGAAGCCUGAUUUGAAAGCUGAGAGAGAGGCAGUGAAUGCUGCAGAGAGGGCUGAGAGGAAACAACAUCUGAGAGAGAAGAAAAAGCGUGAAGACAUGGAUAGGCUUGAGAAGGAGAGGCAGGCCGAGAUAAGGAGUUACAAAGGGUUGAUGGUAUCGGAGAAAAUGACAUCAAACAAAGACAUUGCUUCAAGCAACAAAUCGCUUCAAGAACUCGAAGAAGACUUCAUGUAAGGGGAAGGAGCGAAGAAAAAAAAAGCAAGAGAGAACAAAAAAGACGACCCGUCAUUGACGUUUUACCAGAGGUUAGUUAUCAUCCAAGCUAUUGCCUUUCAAAGAAGGGGUGUUGUUCUCUUGCUUAAAUUAAUAUGAUUGCCCGGUUUGAUGUUUGUUUCAUAGUGUUUAAGACAAAACCCUAAUCUGGUAUUAGGGAUUCCGGCCAUGGAAAUGUUUCAUAUGAUUAAAUCUUGUGGGAAAAAAAGGAGCGUGAAUAUAAACAUAAGCUCGCCAGUGAUUUGGUGCUUGGUGUUCGUGGUUGCCGUGUAUGGGUUGAUCCCAGUUUCA